AUGGCUUCAGCAAUUAUGGAGAUAUCCCAAGAGACAGCUGUGCCUGUGAACAUCGUAGAACUUACUGCACCAAGAGAAUUGUCACUACCAAGUUCGGCAGUUGAGGAAUCUGCCACUGUAAAUGAAGGUCAUAGAUCAAGUAGAGAAUGGCCAAAAAUAGUAGGGAGCAUUUUUAAUCAAGUUCGGUCAUUUCUUCCACAGUGGAAGAGUGCAUUUUUGGCAUCAUGUGUAUUGGGGGCCUUAAUAGAUCCUUUAUUCUUUUAUAUUCCUAUCGUCAACAAGGAUACGAAGUGCAUCGGGUUGGACAACAGUUUGAAGGGAGCGGUUAUUUCACUAAGAUCAACAACAGAUCUAUUUUAUGUAGUGAAUAUUGUUAUUCAAAUUUAUAUCGAACUUAAAGCUUCAACAUUUAGGGUCAUGGGGAGAUCAUAUCUCCAUACCAUAGUUUUGCCAAUGGCUAACAGGAUUUGGAGGAUCUCAUCACACAUCUUAAUUGACAUUUUAGCGGUUCUUCCCAUUCCACAGGCAGCGAUCCUUAUUUUCAUGGACUCUAGUUCUUUGAAUAUGAGGAAGUUUUUGGCUUUUCUUGCUCUGUUGCAAUAUGUACCACGAGUUCUUCGUAUCUACUUAUUGUGUACCAAACUCAACAAGACUCCUGCUAGAGAGACUGAGAUAUGGAUUUUAUUUCAAGGCGCUUUCAGUUUCUUUUUGUACAUCCUUGCUAGUCAUGUAUUUGGAGCUUUCUGGUACUUUUUAGCUAUCCAGCGAGAGACAGCUUGCUGGCAAAAUGCUUGUCGAAACAACAAUGGAUGUGAACCUACUACCUUCUACUGCAAUGGUCGUUCAAUCAGAAACAUCACAUUUCUGAACGACUUAUGCUCUAUGAAUCCACACAAUACUAAUGCAACACCCUUCGAUUUUGGUAUGUUUGUUGAGUCUGUUCAUUCUCUUGGGCAAAACCUCGAGACGAGUAACCAUACAUGGGAAAAUAUCUUUGCCAUUUUUAUUUCUCUAAGUGGCUUGCUCCUGGUUCUACUAUACCUCCCUACAAAUUUGAAGAUAUGUAUGGAGUUGGUAACUAGUUCAUCAGCCAAGAUGAGAAAUAUACGGCAGCAGGAAACGAAAUAUCGAGAGGUACAACGCUGGUUAUCUGAAAAUGACAUCCCUGAGGAUAUGAAGGGGACGAUCAUGCAAAAGGUGGACGAACAACUUGAACCAAACAAAGAUGUUCAUGUGGAGAAUAUCCUCUAUAUUCUUCCCUUGGAACAAAAGAGAUUUAUUAAGCGACAUCUCUGCUGGCCUAUAAUGAAGAAAAAACCUGACAAUGCAGGGUUGGCUGAAUUUCUGAAGCCUCUGAAUGAGGUUAUCACAAAGGCAAAUGCACUGACAGAAGGGAGGCGGUCUGAUUUUUUCAACCACUUGAAGAGUGCUGUUGACAGUCUCUCAGCUUUGGCUUGGAUUGCCUAUACAGGGAAAGAAUGUGGUAUGAGCAUGCCUAUCACACAUGUCGAAGAAAGUUGGCAGAUGGCUGAAUUUUACAACAACAAGAUUCUUGUCGAGUAUAAAACCAAAGACCCAAAUCAUUUAGAGUGGGCCAAAGCUCUCAAGGAACUAUAUUUGCCUGGUUUAAGAGAUUAUGUUAAGAGUUUCUAUCCAUUGGGUCCAGUUUGGAGUUCAACUGGCAAAGCUGUCAGUGCUGCUCCAUCAAAACCAAAAGCUCCUGCACCAGGUGCCCCUGCUCCUCCACCACCUCCAUCAGCAUCACUUUUCAGUUCCGCAACUUCUCAGGCUUCAUCAUCACGCCCUAAAGAAGGGAUGGCAGCUGUUUUCCAAGAGAUUAAUUCCGGCAAGCCUGUGACUACAGGUCUGAGAAAGGUAACAGAUGAUAUGAAGACAAAGAAUCGGGUCGACAGAACUGGCAUCGUUGGUACCCAGGAGAAAGAAAGUCGUACCAGUUCACCUUCUUUUUCUAAAGCAGGACCACCAAAGCUUGAGCUCCAAAUGGGUCGCAAGUGGGCUGUUGAGAAUCAGAUUGGAAAGAAAGAUUUGGUUAUUAGUGACUGUGAUUCAAAACAGUCUGUUUAUAUUUUUGGAUGCAAAGACUCUGUUGUGCAAAUUCAAGGGAAAGUAAACAACAUUACAAUUGACAAAUGCACUAAGAUGGGAAUCUUAUUUACGGAUGUUGUGGCUGCUUGUGAGAUCGUAAAUUGCAACCGUGUUGAGGUGCAAUGCCAGGGCUCAGCUCCUACAGUUUCAGUGGACAACACAGCUGGCUGCCAAUUUUACUUAAGCAAAGAUGCCCUGGGGGCAUCUAUAACUACUGCUAAGUCAAGUGAGGUCAAUAUAUUAGUACCUGCUUCUGGACCUGAUGGUGAUUGGGCAGAGCAUGCUUUGCCAGAACAGUUUAUUCAUGUGUUUAAGGAUGGUCGGUUUGAAACUACCCCCGUCUCUCACUCAGCAGGAGGGUAA